AUGGAUUAUUACACAGCUUAUGGUCGACAAGGACGUGGACCAGUUGAUGAGGUCGAAAUUGUGGAUAGUAAAAAGGUUCAGAUUCCGUUGGUUACUGGGGUAGGUGAAUUUUUUGGAGUUUACUUUGUCUAUUUAAUAUUUAAAAAGAUUAAAUUGGUUUUAAAUUUAUUAUUUUUUUAGUUAUAUUAGUUUCUAUGUUAUCAAUUCUUUCAGGCCGUUGUUGAGAUGACCGAAGAUACUUUGGAGGACGCUGUCAAGGUGGCUACGCUUCUCAGAGCUAACAAGAAUAAAUUGAGUGUUUGGGUUAACUUGGCAGUAAGUUUUAGAUUUUUUCUUUGGUUUUUUAGGCAAGAAUCAAUUAGUUUCGAAAAGAUAUCAUGGAUAACAUUCCGUGAAGUCGAAAAUGGGCUGUAGCUUUAUUGUUCGAUGUUUAAAACAACUAAUUUUAGCUUCUGUACUACCGCAAAGGCCGCUACGACGAUUUUGUGUUUUUGUUGAAUCCCGAAAAUCAACGUGGAGCCUUCACUGAUUACCCAACGAUCGACCGUGAUCAGAUGAGAUCAAUGGACAUGUUGGCCGCUUAUUAUGUUCAAAAAGGGUCUGAAGAAAAGUCUCCUGAAGCUAGGAAACAAUGGUUAUUGGAAGCUACUUUGCUGUAUUCAGCAGCUGAUAAGAUUAUCAUGUACGAUCAGAAUCACUUGUUGGGCAGAGCUUACUUCUGUCUUCUUGAAGGUAUGGUAAUAUCAGGGUUUUGGGGGGAAUAUAGUGCUUUUUGGGUUUAAUAUGGCUUGUUUUGGAUUUUCAGUGAUCGUAUAAGUAUUUUUAGAGAUUUUUUCUUAAAUUUUAGGUAACAAAUUUUUAAUUGAAAAAGGUUGUUUUAAAGUAUUUUGAGUAAAAUCUAAUGUUUUUAUAGGAUUAUAUGGGCUUUUAGAACAGGUUACGUACUUAAAAUUUUUAUAUUUUAGGUAACAAAACGGAGCAAGCCGAAGUUCAAUUCAAGUUUGUGUUGAACGAUGAACAACGUGCUGGUCUACCUCCAGAUGAGACUCUAACUAUUCCUGCUUUGAUGGGUCAGGCUUGUAUCAUGUAUAUACGAAAGGAGUACAAACAAGCACUUCAGAUCUACAAGAAAUGUCUUCAAAUGAAUCCUCAAUGUCCAGCCAGCGUCAGACUUGGCAUUGGCUAUUGUUUGGCUAAGCUGGGCAAGACUGAAAAGGCAAAGUGAGUGAAAUAUCAGUACUGUAAAAGUUUAAAAAUGAUGUGUUUAGGCUUUUGAAAAUUUAAAAGAUUUGAAAUUUCAGAAAAAUUUUUUAAAAUUUAAAAAUUUUAGAUUUGCUUUCAAAAGAACCCUAGACCUAGAGCCUGAUAACGUGGAUGCGGCCGCUUCUUUGGCUGUUCUUCAAAUGACAAACUCGAUGGAUGGGGAUGAGAUGCGUGAAGGUAUUCAAAGCUUGGCCCAACUGUACAAAUCGGCCAAGGAUCAUCCACUUAUCCUAAACCACUUGGCUAAUCACUUCUUUAUUAAAAGUGUAGGUUAAUAUAAGGGUAUUAUAGGGUUGAAUGGGGAAAAUAUUAACUUUUUUGACUGAAAAUAUGAAAAGAGGGUUCUUUGUGAGGGAUAUUGUAGGAAAAAAGUUUUGGCGUUAUUUUUCACUGAUUUACAGUUUAAAAAACGACAAGACUUUUUUCCUAUGGUUCUUUUUCUACUAUAAUAUAAUUUUUAUGGCUAUUCGACUAUUCUUAAGCUACUUUUUGGUACUUUAUCUUAUUUUGAUCAAGUAAUAUCACAUCAAACUAACCCUACCUCUAUUUCAGCAAUUGGACGAAACCACGGACAAAGAAUCCCUCUUAAUGAAAGCAAAACGCCUCCUCGACUACGCCGUAACAGUAUCCAAGAACGAGCAAAUGCUAUCCGAAAGCAACUUCCAUCUCGGCCGCUAUUUCCAUGCCCAAGGCAAGGUGCACGAUGCUCACAGACAUUACUCAUUGGCCGCUCAACAAGCCGCUCCAAAGUUUAAGCUUCCAAGCUUUGGCUACGGCCAAACCAACAUCUUGCUGAAGGAAUAUGACAAAGCUAUUGAGGAGUUCGAAAAAGUGCUGAAAAUGUAUCCAGAAAACUCGGACGUACUUAAGAUCCUGGGUGCAUUAUAUGCCAAACAAUCGGAAAAAGAAGGCCUGCCAGAGGACGUUGUAGAUGAAAGAAGGAAGAAAGCCAAGGAUUACUUGAAGAAAGCGGCCAAAAACAGUCCAGAAGACAUGGAGGUACUAAUAGAUUUGGCUGUUUUGCUACAAAGAUUCGACUAUAAGGAAGCCAUUGCCAUCUACAACAAUAUCGUAGACAGACUGAACGAACAUGGGACUCGAACACCGCCGGAAAUUGAAAAUAACAUGGGCGUAUUGUAUUUUAUGUCCAAGGAGUUUAAAAAGGCUAGGGUAAGUUUUGGCUUUGAAAAAUUUUGAUUUUUUGGAAAGACGAGCUGCGCCCGAGCUUAGUGCAGCCUGCAAGACCUAAAAAGAUUGAAAUCAAGGUUUUUAUUGGAUUUUUGAUAAGUUUUGGGCACAAAAUACGAAAUCCUACAAAAAUAUUCAUUCUUUUGAACGUUUGGCUUUUAAUACAGCGAGCUGCCUAACAUAAUUUUGAAAUUUUAACAAAAAUUGAUUAAAGCAAUAUUAGAUAUAAAAUCUGUAAAAUAAUUGUUUAGGAAUGUUUUCUAUCGUGCCGCGAAGUCCUUGUAGCGAGUGAGACGAUGGACGCCAAGACGAAAGCAUCAAUAAUAUCGAUCACCUUCAACUUGGCCAGAUGCGACGAGAAAUUGUACAAGUUCGGCGAAGCCGAGCGAAUUUACAAAGGAAUUCUGAAGAAGAGACCGAGCUAUAUGGAUGGUAAGAUUUUUGAAUUUUUUUGGAGUUUUUAAAGUUUUUUGAGAUGGAAAUAAAGUUUUUGCAAAAGAAAGUUUUUUUUUGAAAAAGGAAUGAAUUUUACUAAAGCAUGCCAAAUUUCGAUUGUAUUUCAUUAUAAAAAUGCAAUUUUUUACUAUAUUUUACUAAAAAAUGACAUUUUAGCUAUGUUCCGCCUGGGCUGUAUCAACUACCGCCGUGGCGACAGCACCGCCGCCAUAAACUACUUCAAAGAGGUAAUGGCAGCCGAUCCAAAACAUAUUGACUCAUGGCUUAUGACUGGCCAAACCCUCGCCGAUCAAGGUCAGCUGGAUCAAGCACGAAAAAAGUACGAACACGUACUCAACAGCAACAAAAUACCCGACCCAAUAGCCCUCGUACUCGCCGGCAACAUCUAUGUCAAGCACCUCAUGAACGUGAAUCGAAACCGAAAAGAGGACGAAGCUCAACGGGACCGUGCCUUGAAGUUCUUCCACAAGGCCCUUAGGGUAAACCCGAAAAAUGUGUACGCAAUGCACGGUGCUGGUAUUAUAUUUUGUCAGAAAGGCGACUUGAACACGGCCAGAGAGUUCUUCGGGCCAGUGAAGGAGAGGAUCAGCGAUUAUCCUGAUGUUUGGAUCAACACUGCUAAUAUUCAGGUAGGCUUGGGAUUAGAUUGUGGUGAAUAUAGAGGUUUGAUAUGGUGAUAAUGAGAAGAAUUGUGGGAUUCUGAAAGGGUGAUGAUAGGAAAGAUAGUGAGAUUUGGAGGGAAUAAUCAUGUGGACUAUAGCUGGUUUUUGGGGGAAUGAUCAUGGUGAAUAAAGGGGGUAUUGAAGACGUGAUAAUAGGCAAUAUAGUGGGGUUUUGAGGCUAUGAUUGUGGUGAAUAUACUAUACGUAAUACUCAAAAUAAAAAAAUGUUUUUGAGAAAAAAAGUCAAAAGGGGGGACCAAGCUGAAAAUUUUGAAAAAAAAUUUUUUUGAAUUUGUUUGAAUUUAAAAUUUAGUUUAAAAAAUGAAAGAACUGUAGUACUUUGAUAGGCAGAAUGUGUUUUUGAAGCUCACGGUAAGUGUUAUGGAACGAUUUUUCAAAACUAUUUGAAGGAAAUCAACAGGGGGGACCAAGCUGAAAUUUUCAAAAAUAAAAAAAUUUUUUGUUUGACUUCGAUUAAAAAUAUGGAUAGGUAGGUUUAUAAUGUGAUGUAAAAUAUAAAUCAAGCUGGAGAAAUUGGUUUUUCAAAAAACGUUUAAAAAUUUUACUUUUUCAGCUCGACACCAACAACUACCAAAGCGCAGUCCAAAUGUACAUGACGGUAAUGCGUCGUUUUAAAAAGCGAAAAAGCCCGGAAAUCCUAACAAACAUUGCCCAUGCCUACUACAAACUGGCCAAGUACGAGCAAUGCUUGGACUUUUUGGAUCGAACUAUCUGUCAAGAUCCCAAGAACCUGGUCCACCGCUUCAAUUACGGUGUAGCCGCGUUAAAAGCCUGUGCUGCCAUUAUAAAUGACACUAGAGCAACCGAAGCCAAAGUGAAGCAAGCUAUCGACCGGUUGAGCUCGUCGGCCAAAGCUUUGAGGGAGAUUCAGAAAAUGCCACAGGAAAAGGUUCAGCCCUACAGGUAUAUUAGUAGAACUUUGUGUGGAGAGAUCGCUGACAAAUUGGAAGAUUUACAAAGACAAGGGGAUGUGUUUGUGGGCAGAGCAGCUGUAAGUUUAAGUUUUUUAAACAGAAAGCUUAAAAAAUUAGAAAAUUGUUACCUAAAAGGCUUUUUUUACUGAUCUAAAUCAAUAUUUUUACCUUUAUCUUACUCUGCCUUACUGUAUUUUAUAUUUUUUCAACUAUAUAUUACCCUUUUCAACCUUAACUUUUUCUCUUUUAGAAGCACGAAGCCGAAGAGUUGGAAAGAAUGCGCGAGAACGAGCUAGAGCGCCGUCGUGUCAUCCAAGAACAACGUCGUUCCGCCAAACACCGUGAAGAACAAGAAUCCCUCCAACUGGAGCAGCUGAAGUUCAAACGUACCUACUUUGUCCAUCAGACCAAAGAAGCUCUUAAGCAACGUGAAAUUGAAGAAGAACGGCCGAAACGGUCUGGUGGAUCAGGCCGCAAACGCAAGCGUGCCAAGGAAGAGGACGACUUUGUCAAUGAUUCGGACGAUGAUGGCAGAGAUCCGGCGGAGAGAAAGGAGGAAAAGAGAAAGAAUGCUCAGAAGGUAGGUUGAGAUUGAUAUUAUUAAAUGUAGAGAUAGAUAUUAAUAUUGAUUUUAACAUUGAUAUGGAGGAGCUUUAUGGAUUGUUAGACAUUUGGAUGGUUUGGAGGGGGUUAAGAGGUAGAUUGGGCUAGAUUUGGUUAAAAGCUAGCUAAAUAUGGGUAGAUUUGGUUAAGAGCUAGCUAGCUUGUAUCAGAUUUACGCUGAAUUUUUUUAAAAGUUUUGAAAAAAAAUUUUUUUUUGAAAAAUUAAAUUUUUUAAUGCAGGUAGACGAAGAGGGUGUAUUAGUUUUGUAUUGAGUUGGUUUUUUUGGAUUGACAGAUUGAAAACUUGAUUUUCUUAUUUUUUGUCGAAAAAAGUUCACAUGGACCAAGCAAAUUUUUUUGGAAAUUUCGAAAUUUUUUUUCAAAAAUUAAAGUUGUUUUCAAAUUACCACCAACUUAAUCGUACACUCAAAUAAAACCAAUAUUUUCAGGCCUCACGCCGCAACAAGAAGAAAGACCGCGACUUCAUCAACGACGGCAGCUCGGACGAGGAAUCCAAGAGUCGGCGGAAGAAGGCGAAGAAGUCGGCCGAAGAGAUCGAAGAGGAGGACGCCAAGAAGUUCAAAGGCAAAGUCAAGUCCAAAGCCAUUAUCGAAUCCGAGCCGAGCUCGUCUGACUCCGACAACAACCAAGAAGAGGUACCGACCAUCAGGAAUCGAGACAUUGGAUCGGAUUCGGAUAACGAAGCCGAGAAGAAAGCUGCUUCGUCAGACUCAGAGCCGGAGGAAGCAUCUGCUCGAAAGAGGAUUCUUACGGAUUCUGAUGACUCGGAUUGA